AGCAUGACUGACGCCGUCGGGCCAGAAACGGACGAGAAAACGAAUGAAAACACGUUGAAAAUUAUUUGCCUCGGUGAUUCAGCUGUGGGAAAGUCAAAAUUGGUGGAAAGAUUUCUUAUGGAUGGAUACCAACCACAACAACUAUCAACAUUUGCACUGACGCUUUUUAGGUACAACACUAAAGUUGGCGGUAAAGAAGUCUCUGUUGAUUUCUGGGAUACGGCAGGGCAAGAGAGGUUUAGUAGCAUGCACCCUUCAUAUUACCAUCAAGCCCAUGCAUGCAUCAUGGUUUUCGAUGUAACUAGGAAAGUAACGUACAAGAAUCUACCGCAAUGGUACAAAGAGCUCAGGAACUACAGACCUGAGAUUCCAUGUUUACUUGCAGCUAAUAAGAUAGAUGUUGACUACAAGAUAACCCAGAAGAACUUCAACUUUGCCAACAAGCAUAAUCUACCGUUUUACUACGUCUCGGCAGCAGAUGGCACAAAUGUAGUCAAGCUUUUCCGAGAAGCGAUCAAGUCUGCAGCAUCUUACAAGGAAAACUCCACUGACUUCAUGGAUGAAGUGAUGCGAGAGUUAGAGAAUUUUGAUGAUUUGAAGUUAUCACCAGACAGUGGGCUCGACUCGGCCAACAACUCAGAGGGAAAAGAAGGUGAGAAAGACACUAGCCAAACAUCAACACCAGAGGGCGCCACAGGAUCAUCAUGACAACAGUCACAUCUCUUAGGACCGGGCUAACUAUUGUACAAAGUGUUAUUUAAGUGGGAUUAGUUAUGACAGUCAGAUAGCUUCUUUUUUGAGCCGUCUGUCUGAGGUGUGGAUGAAGAUUCCAAAGCUUUCAUCAAUGAUUUAGAACAGUACAGUUUUUCUCACCGGUUGACAAACUUAUCAAAACGUCACUUGUAAGCAAUGGUUGGUAUCUAAUUCAAAAUUAACACACCAACCUGGAGAAUUAAUUUAUUGUAAGUACCAUCCUCAUGUACAUCCCUACAAUAGGCUAUUAAUACUUAGUAGGAAACCAGCUUUCAUGUCACCAGUUAUCACUGAAGGUAGGUAGGCUUGGUACGUCACAUUCUAAUAGGUAUUAGAAAACAAUUACAGCACUAACACAAGAAUUAAUUGCGAAGCUUGUGAUGAAGGAGACACCAUCUUAAUGAUGGACCGUGUUGGACCUGAGUGGUUGUAUAAAUCUUGGCAAUAAAUUAAAAACUCUUCUGAAUGCUUGCAUAGGCAAUACACUUAUACCGCUGUUUAUUUUAUCAGAACAUAAAUGCUGCUUUUAAAGCUCAGUUUUGUGUUUCUGUUCAAUGUUAUGUAUUGCAAGCACAUGUUUAUAAGAACCCGGUGAGGAUGAUGCCAAGUUGUUGUUGGUGGGUUUUUUGGGGGGUUGGGGGGGGGGGGGGGUUUCGGUAGUGGCCCAAAACAGUAAAAAAUAUGGACCAUUACUUCAAUGGGCCAAUUGCUAGUAAUAAGAACAGGUACCAUGAUCAAUGCCAGCUGAUUGCCGUAUUGUUAUUGUCAAGGUACCUGACUGCACUUAUCAAGCAUUCCAAAACAAAGGUUGCCAAUUUUAAAAUUGCUUGGAGCCUGUGACCAAAUUGUUGGUGGCUAGAAUCAAUUGUAAUCAUUAUUGUAGAUAGCCUAAAUAGGUAUAGUCACUCGUGUCACUAUCACUCUUCUGCCCAUUCUCUAUUUUAGUAGCUUUAAUGCUUAGCAAGGUUAAAAUGUAGGAAAUAUUUAAAGACAGUGGACACUAUUGGUAAUUACUCAAAAUAAUAAUUGGCAUAAAACCUUACUAGGUAACGA